UAAUUAGCAAUUAAUCAUCAUGGCCAAGUCUUGUUCUAGUGAAAAGAACAAUAAUAAUGGAUUGAAGAAGGGUCCAUGGACUCCGGAGGAAGAUAAAAAACUCAUUGAUUACAUUCAGAAACAUGGGCAUGGCAAGUGGCGAACCCUUCUUAAGAAUGCAGGAUUAAAGAGAUGUGGAAAGAGUUGCCGGCUAAGGUGGGCUAAUUACUUGAGGCCUGAUAUAAAGAGAGGAAGAUUCUCAUUUGAAGAAGAAGAAAUGAUCAUCCAGUUACACACUGUUUUGGGAAACAAGUGGUCUACAAUUGCUGCUAAUUUACCCGGAAGAACAGAUAAUGAGAUUAAGAAUUAUUGGAACACUCACAUCAAGAAGAAAUUGUUGAAGAUGGGGAUUGAUCCAAUAACUCAUAAGCAAUCCAAGAGGAAAAGUACCUAAAUCUUGUGAAUUGGGAAAAGGAAACACAGAAAACAAGUUCCGCUCUUUUCCAUCUCUCUCAGGAAAUUCAUCAAACACAUGGUAAGCAUAACAAUACUGAAGCGAGACAAUCUCUCAAGCAUGUUCCUCCAACAACAAUAACAACACAACAAUAGUAACAUUAAGUUGCAAGUCUCUCUUUGCACAAUUCUCAUAUAGAAAAUUUAGUCAAUAGCCAAACCAAGGCAUGCCAAGUUGAUAAUAUUCCUACUUCUGUAUCAAUGGACAAUGAUGAUGAAUAUUAUCAAGAUGAUAAGAGACACACAUAUCUGUAAUGCAGAAGACAGUACCACCAAGUAAAAGCCAGCCAACUUUUCCAUUUCUCCAAAAGAAAUGGAAAAUAUAGUGAGGAGAUAUAGCUUUGAAAAUACUAGGAUAAUGGUGUAUGAUGCAGAGAGUGCUUCCACAAGUGCUGCAGCGGCAUAAGCCAAAACAGAAAUAAUGGUUAUAUAUAAACCAGGAGAGCGAAUUGUCUGACAAUGUCAUAAAGCUCUAAUCUGCUCUGCCAAGCAAAAAUCACUUCCUAUGUUGCACCAUUAAGAUAUUAUAGCUUUGUAUUUCACAUAAAAACCAAAAUUUCGACAAAAGAAGCAAACCUUCCAAAGUUUUAUUGUACUUUCUAAACUAUGGAAUCUGCAACUUAAGCUCACAAAGUCACAAUAGAACUAUAUAAAUUUAAAACUUACAUUUGCUUACUGAGGGAAAAGGUAAUUACUAAAUCUUAAAAUUCUAAAAAAAAAUCCAGAAAUAAUCAAACAAUAAAUAAAU